CGGGAACCUAAGGGUUCGCACUGCUUUGCUGCUGGCCGCCCAGCGAUCCCUUACUAUUCGUGCGAGUUCCUUCUCUCCUGAGCCGUACCCACCUCUUUUCCCCCCUGACCUCGGGCUUCGGGAGGUGGUAGCGGGGUCUCGCGGGACUUGCCUGUCUGGGAGAGGCGUUGGGGCUCUUUGCGGGCACUUCAGUUGUUUUCUCCCUGUUCUGCCCUUCCAGUUUUGGAGGGCAAGUCCAGCCCGCCGUGUGCAGUGAAACCCUGAAAAUGUAGUGAGACUGGGCAGUUUAACAAGCAAUAAGGGGACCGAGUUUCCUGACCUUGUAUCUUUUCCACUUCCCACACCACUGUGCCUCUAAGGGCAUCCACCUGCUGGUCACCCUUAACAGAUGUCCAGUCCUGGAUUCCCACUCGUAUGGCUACUAGUUUAUAGGCUCCCUCAGGUGGGAUUCAUCUGAUUCUCCGUAAAUACUUAUCAGGUCUUUAUGUGUUCGUUAACUGUGCCCAACUAUUCUCAGGACAACUGCAUCCAAUUAAGCCGGGGCGGGGGGGGGGGGGGGAGAGAAGACCUCUUUAGAUCCCUAAGUCUCAUCUGAGAAUGCUACUUCCAGAGUGCACACCAGGCCAUAACAGUUUCGUGAACUUGUCCAGUAGAAGGCUAUUUUAUUUUUACAACUGCUCAAGCAUUGACAUCCAAGAUGAAGAAAGAUGCCACAAGAAACGCUGCCUACACUGUGGAUUGUGAAGAUUAUGUGCAUGUGGUAGAAUUUAAUCCCUUUGACAGUGGGGAUUCAGGAAACCUAAUUGCCUAUGGUGGCGGUAAUUAUGUGGUGGUUGGCAUGUGUACAUUUCAGGAGGAAGAAGCAGAUAUUGAAGGAAUUCAAUAUAAAACACUACGAACGUUUCAGCAUGGAGUCAGGGUCGAUGGGAUAGCUUGGAGCCCAGAAACUAGACUUGAUUCAUUGCCUCCAGUAAUCAAAUUUUGUACUUCUGCUGCUGAUAUGAAAAUAAGAUUGUUUACUUCAGAUCUUCAAGAUAAAAAUGAAUACAAGGUUUUAGAGGGCCAUUCAGAUUUCAUUAAUGGUUUGGUGUUUGAUCCCAAAGAAGGCCAAGAAAUUGCAAGUGUGAGUGAUGAUCAUACCUGCAGGAUUUGGAACUUGGAAGGAAUUCAGACAGCUCAUUUUGUUCUUCAUUCCCCUGGAAUGAGUGUGUGCUGGCAUCCUGAAGAAACUUUUAAGCUGAUGGUUGCAGAGAAGAAUGGAACAAUCCGGUUUUAUGAUCUUUUAACUCAACAGGCUAUUUUAUCUCUGGAAUCAGAACAGAUGCCAUUAAUGUCAGCCCACUGGUGCUUAAAAAAUACCUUCAAAGUUGGAGCUGUUGCAGGAAGUGAUUGGUUAAUUUGGGAUAUUACUCGAUCCAGUUAUCCUCAAGAUAAGAGGCCUGUCCACAUGGAUCAAGCCUGCUUAUUCAGGUGGUCCACAAUUAAUGAGAACUUGUUUGCAACCACUGGUUAUCCUGGCAAAAUUGCAAGCCAGUUUCAGAUUCAUCAUUUAGGACAUCCUCAGCCUGUCCUCAUUGGUUCUGUAGCCGUCGGAUCUGGCCUCUCCUGGCAUAGAACUCUCCCACUGUGUGCAAUUGGAGGAGACCACAAGCUAUUGUUUUGGGUAACUGAAAUGUAAAACAAAUUUUCUGUGUACCUUAGAUCCAUAAACUUUGUAUUUUUAAUACAUAUUUUGGAGAAUUCCUUAUUUUUAUAUCAAAUAUACUGUAAGCUCUAGAAAUGUCCCAUUUGUUGCUUCUGUUAAAUAAAAUGUUAAUGGUUUGAAAAAUCA